CUUGCGCUCCACCUGCUUCCAUUGUUUUCCCUUUAUAGACCGCCCUGUGUCGAGAUGAUUCAAUCGCUCAUAUUCUUUGAUUAGAAUCGUUACUCCACCAAAUCAUACAAGCUCUACCCCGCAUAUCUGUUCAGACCCCGAGACACUUGACCUUUUGUUCACUAUGCCUCUUGUUGCACAGAGCCCCUUACCAAGAGUCAUCCUUGGCUUGAUGACCUUUGGUCCGGACGAGUCUGCGGGUGCUCGUAUCACCUCUCUCGACGAAUUCAACAAGUCCCUAGAUCUGUUCCAACAGCAGGGGUUCAAUGAGGUUGACACCGCUCGCGUUUAUGUCGGAGGACAACAAGAAGCUUUUACCGCUCAAGCGAAGUGGAAGGAGCGUGGAUUGACUUUGGCAACCAAGUGGUAUCCUCGUGUACCUGGCGAUCAUAAGCCACAAGUCAUUCAGGAGCAGCUCGAGCUCUCCCUGAGGAACUUGGGAACCGACUGCGUUGAUAUUUUCUACCUUCAUGCUGCCGACCGAUCAGUGCCCUUCACAAAGACACUGGAGGCUGUGAACCAAUUGCAUAAGGAGGGGAAGUUUGUUGAGCUCGGUUUGAGCAAUUUCACUGCUUUUGAGGUUGCAGAGAUAGUUACCGUUUGCAAUGAGAGGGGCUGGGUGCGGCCCACCAUCUAUCAGGCCAUGUACAAUGCUAUCACUCGGUCCAUUGAAACCGAAUUGGUCCAUGCUUGUAAGCGGUAUGGAAUUGACGUUGUGGUCUAUAAUCCGCUUGCCGGUGGAAUCCUUUCCGGAAAAUACAAAACGCAGGAUAUUCCCCAGGAAGGCAGAUAUAGCGACAAGUCGUCCACUGGAACAUUGUAUCGCAAGCGAUACUUUAAGGACGCAACAUUCGAUGCCCUGCGCGUCAUCGAGCCGGUCGCAGAGAAGCACGCUCUGACCUUGCCGGAGAUUGCAUUCCGCUGGCUUCGCCAUCACUCUGCUCUGAAUAUCAAGGAGAGUGGUCGUGACGGCAUCAUCGUAGGGGUGAGUAGUAUUGCGCAACUAGAGAGCAAUCUCAGAGACAUUCAGAAAGGACCUUUGCCUGAGGAAGUGGUGGAAGCCCUGGACAAGGCAUGGUUGAUUGCGAAGCCCACGGCGCCCGAUUAUUGGCACCUCGAUCUGAAGUAUACUUAUGAUACGAAGGAGGCGUUGUUCAAAUCGAAAGCAAGCGCCUAAUUGUAGUGCAGUACCCAGCCAGAGAAAAAGACGAAAUCCAUAUCUCCUGUCCAAUUAUAUCAUGUUU